AUGAUGGAUAGUAUUGAUGAAUACUUCAGUGUUGUUGGUCUCAGGAGGAAUUCUGAAAAAUCUGCAACCAAUCUGAAUUAUGUUAAAGAAACUAGAAACCUUGACGGAUAUGAUCGAUAUCAAUAUCUGGGAGUCCUGGAGGAUAAAGGAAGCAAUGUAUUGAAGCAUGAAGUUAUGAAAAAAAUUGCAGAAAAUGUAAAUAAGAGAAUUGAAAGCUUAGUGAACACGAAGCUAAAUGCAGUGAAUCUAUUCAAGGCGAUUAAUGAAUAUUUUCUAUCACUUUACAAUUACUAUAUUGGACUAAUUGACAUUGAGCAACACGAGUUUCAAGCCAUUGAUACCGAAGUUCGAAGGAUUCUAUCUAAUUUACAUGUUCAUCUGAAACCUGCAAAUAAGGAAAGAUUAUAUAUAAGCAGAUCUAACUUUGUUAGAGGACUUAAUUCAAUUGUCCAUAAAAGUGAAUGCAUGUUAUACCAAUUUUUGACUGAUCUUGAAAGAAAGUCUACAAUGUGUCUCAGAAAGUCUGGAAUCUUGCGGGUCUUAAAAUAA